AAGAUAUUUUACUUUUAUUAUUAUUCUUAAACGAAGACGAAAAUUGUGAGAAUAGGAAUCGCGCCCGGCAUUUAAAAUUUUUACGCGACGAUAGCAAUCCAUUUUCUUUGAGCGAGAAUAUCUUUAUGAAAAAUUUUCGAUUAACUCGUGAAAUUUGCCGAAGCCUAAUUGAUGAACUGGCCCCACAUGAUAAUCAGAAAACGUCACUACCUUUAACUGUAAGGGUUCUAGCAGCUUUGAACUUCUUUGGACGUGGCUCAUAUCAGAAAUGUGUAAAGAGAGCAUUUGGUGUUUUAAAACCUUGCUUUAGAUGUUUGUUCAAGCACCGAGUUCUACAUUAUUCACACGAAACUUCCGCUUUGUUUUCUAGUACUUGUUUCGCCGUCACUUCCUAUUACACACUGCGCGGCGUCGACACAUACGCUGAUAUAACCCGUUCUACAAAAUUCAACUACGAGUCGUGUCUAUUCGAUCGCAAGGAGCGAUAA